AGAUGGAAAGGGCGUUUGCGUUUGACCUCGUAAAACAACCUCUGCUUCUUCAACCAUAAAAAACCAUUCAUUACUCUUUCUGCCUGAAAACAAAAAUAUUCGAUCCAUUUCAUAGUGUUUUCUUUUUCAUGUUGAUUUGCUCCCAUGGGGGACAUAGUCAAGAAGAUAUUGGCCAAACCCAUCCAACUCGCCGAUCAAGUCACCAAAGCCGCCGACGAGGCCACUUCCUUCAAACAGGAAUGCGCCGAGCUCAAGUCCAAGACGGAGAAGCUGGCGGCGCUGCUCCGUCAGGCGGCGCGUGCCAGUUCCGAACUCUACGAGCGUCCCACGCGCCGCAUCAUCGAUGAGACAGAACAGGUCCUCGACAAGGCUCUGGCCCUGGUCCUCAAGUGUCGCGGCAACGCUCUCAUGAAGCGCGUGUUUACACUCAACCCUAGCGCCGCCUUCCGCAAGGUCUCCUCGCACCUUGAAAACUCCGUCGGGGACGUCUCCUGGCUACUCCGCGUCUCCGCCGGCGAAGCCGGCGGCGAGUAUCUCGGUGGGCUCCCUCCGAUAGCCGCGAACGAGCCGAUCCUCUGCCUCAUCUGGGAGCAGAUCGCCGUCCUCCACACGGGGUCCCCGGAGGAGCGGUCGGACGCAGCGGCGUCGCUGGUGUCUCUGGCGAGCGGCAGCCAGCGCUACGGGAAGCUGAUAAUCGAGGAGGGCGGGGUGGGUCCCCUGCUGAAGCUUCUGAAGGAGGGGAAAAGCGAAGGGCAAGAGAACGCGGCACGUGCCGUGGGUCUGUUGGGGCGUGACCCUGAGAGCGUGGAGCACAUGAUCCACGUUGGGGCGUGCUCGGUGCUGGCAAAGAUCCUGAAGGAAGGUCCUAUGAAAGUGCAAGGUGUGGUGGCGUGGGCCGUGUCGGAACUCGCUGCGAAUUACCCCAAAUCUCAGGACCUUUUCGCUCAGCACAAGAUGGUGACUUUACUGGUUGGCCACCUCGCUUUCGAAACUGUUGAGGAACACAGUAAGUACGCUAUUGUCAGCAAGAAACCCACUUCCAUCCACGCCCUCGUCGUCGCCAGUAGCAACACCAACAACAAUAAUCUCCGAAAGCACAAUCUCCACCACGACGCCGAAAUUCCCACACGCAUCCCACAUCCCUUCGGUGAAGGACCGCGAAAUCUGCACAGAGUAAUCACCAGCACAAUCGCAAUGCACGCUGCCAACAAGCAAGGAAACGAAACCAAUCAGAAUAAUCAGAGCAAGAGUAAUGGGGUUGGUAAUGACGGUAAACUGGGAAACAACAAUCAGAAUCACCAGCGAAACUAUUCACAUUCGGGGAUUAACAUGAAAGGAAGGGAUCUGGAGGAUCCUGGGACUAAGUCUUACAUGAAGGAAAUGGCAGCGAGGGCUCUCUGGCAAUUGGCCAAAGGGAACUCCCCAAUUUGUCGUAGCAUCACCGAAUCACGAGCCUUGUUGUGUUUCGCUGUUCUCCUUGAGAAAGGAACAGAGGCCGUGCAGUACAAUUCGGCGAUGGCGGUGAUGGAGAUUACGGCGGUGGCAGAGAAAGAUCCGGAAUUGAGGAAAUCGGCGUUCAAGCCGAACUCUCCGGCUUGCAAAGCGGUGGUUGAUCAAGUGGUUAAGAUAAUCGAGAAAGCGGAUUCGGAUUCAAUCCUUCUGAUUCCGUGCAUCAAGACGAUUGGGAAUUUGGCGAGAACGUUCAAGGCUACCGAGACAAGGAUGAUUGGGCCGUUGGUGAGGCUUCUGGACGAAAGGGAAGCGGAGGUGACAAGAGAGGCGUCGAUUGCACUGGCGAAAUUCGCCUGCACCGAGAAUUACCUCCACGUGGAUCACGCCAAGGCCAUUAUAAGCGCCGGCGGGGCUAAACACUUGAUUCAGCUGGUCUAUUUUGGGGAAGAGAUGGUUAAGAUUCCGGCGCUGCUUCUUCUCUCCUACAUUGCAAUGCACGUUCCCGACAGCGACGAACUUGCCCAGGCCGAAGUCCUCGGAGUCAUCGAAUGGGCCUCCAAGCAAUCUUUCGUGGCCCAUAACCAAACACUCGAGGCCCUUUUGCUCGAUUCCAAGAGCAAGUUGGAGCUUUACCAGUCCAGAGGCCCCAGAGGAUCCCAUCAACUACAUUUACAUCACUAGCUUUCAGUGCAAUUUGUAAAGUUUUUUCACCCUUUCACUCAUUCUUUUUUCUUCCACCAUUCUCUUCAUUCUCUACACAUACUCACUUACAUACUUGUUUUUUCCUCAUCCAUCUCUUCCACCUUUCCCACUGUUACUCCGACCCCACAGAGGUCAAUCUCAGGUUCAAUUCUAAGCUGCACAUAACUGUAAUGUAAGGGUGUCACGUACGAGAAAUUAACGAGUCGUUUUUGAAUAAUUAUC